AGCGACCGGAACCCAUUUUGGAAGCGCGGGGAGUUGGACAGCCGGCGCCAGCUGCCUGCCAGCCGACCGGACGCCAUGUGGGGCCUCUGGGAUUCGCAGGAUGACAUGCCGCCGCCGCCGCGCUCCUCAGUCUUUGUCAUGCGGAACGGGCGCUACGAGCCGCAGAAUCUCAUGCCGGUCAUGCCGCGGCCGGACGUCUUGGACUUCGACGGGUUCGUUCUCCGGCGGGGCGCUGCCAACAGUCGUGCGGUUGUACGACCUCCAGACCUUCGGCAGGCCUCACUGGUGAAGAGCUGCGUGAGUCUUCGAAAGGCCACAGUCCAGGUCAAGCCCUGCGCGUCCGGUCCGGCCUCGCCGGGCGGCAGCGGCCCGGUGGAGCUGAGCUUCGUCUUCGACGCCCUGAAGCCGGGCCACCUGUCUCUUUUUCUGCACGUGACGGAGGUGGAGCACAAUGAAACGGAGCCUGGCGGUCCGGUGCAGCGCCGGGUGGAGUUGAUGGACUCGCAGCAGCCUGCAGGAAGCGAGGAGAGUCCCCCACCUCGCCCGGCGGCGGCCGUGCACGAGAUGCACUUCGAGAAAGGGCUCGGCCAGGUCUACCGCAGCACUCCCCUGGACUUGCGAGACUUCUCACAGGAGCAGCUCCGCUUUGAUCCAUCCCAGCCAAGGGAGAUCCCGCUAGCCAUCCGCCUCUUCUCAGAGUCCGAGGCUCCCGAGACCAAACCGGCAGUGGAAUCUGUGGAAGACGGAGAGGCUGAGGCACCGAUGGUGGAGAGGAGUGUGCACUACACCUACAUCUCCUUGCAGAAGGCCAGCAGCUUGGCAGACUCACCCACCAGUGACGACCAGGUGGAGCGGGCCUGGUCCGCGCACGUGAUCGGCCAGAAGCUGGAGCACUGCGGCCAGUGCUUCAUCCUGCAUGAAGUCUUCGGCGCCGGACCGAUCGGCAGGACGGAGGAGGCUCGGCGCACCAAUCUGGCGGACCAGGAUGUGGAGGGCAACACUGACUGCGUCAUUUGCCUUAGCGAGCCACGGGACACGGCGGUGCUGCCCUGCCGCCACAUGUGCUUUUGCAGCUACUGCGCUGGCAUUGUCAGGCUGCAGUGCGACCGCUGCCCCGUGUGCCGGCAGAAGGUGCAGAGCCUCCUGCAGUUCAAGCGCGAGGACCUGGACAAGGUCCCGGACCAGCCCAUCAAGCUUACAUCGCAGGCCAAGACCUCGGCGCGGUGAGAGGAGCGCGCUCGCCGGGUGAGCGACUCUCGCUGA